AUGGGGAAAUCGGCGCAGUUUCCGUUUCACGUGUGGCUGCCUGAUGCUAUGGAGGGUCCCACUCCGGUGAGCGCCUUGAUCCACGCGGCCACGAUGGUUAUAGCGGGGGUUUACCUGGUGGCUCGGGCCUAUCCAAUCUUCGUGGCGUCUCCGGAAGCCAUGUUGGUAACCGCAACGAUAGGAUUGAUUACGGCGCUUGGGGCGGCGACCAUCGCCCUGGUGUCCACCGACCUGAAACGGAUACUGGCUUACUCAACCAUUUCCCACCUGGGAUUGAUGAUGCUAUCGCUGGGAGCGUUCGGCUGGACGGCCGCGGUAUUCCACCUGAUGGCGCACGGAUUCGCUAAAGCGCUGCUGUUCCUGGGUGCCGGGAGCGUCAUGCACGGCGUGGGAGCGCACGGCGACGUUGACAUCCGCCGGGUGGGCGGGCUGCGCAAAGCAAUGCCGAUAACCGCCAUCGUGUUUUCCAUCGGAGCUCUGUCGCUGGGCGGCAUACCCAUACUGUCCGGUUUCUGGAGCAAGGACGAGAUUUUGCUGGCCGUGGCGGUAGCGGGGAACUUGCCGGUUGUGUUCAUAGUCCUGGCGAUGCUGACCGCUUUCCUCAGCGCUUUGUACAUGGCCAGGGCGAUGUUUGUGGUGUUCUUUGGUGAGGCGGGCGAGGACAGUGGGCACGCCCACGAGUCCCCUAUCUUCAUGGUCGGCGUGAUGUCGGUCCUGGCGAUCCUGGCGCUGGGAUUUGGCUGGAUAGCAUUCGACUGGCCAGGCGGUUUCAGCGGAUUCGGCGGCUUUGUGUUCUUUGAACAUGGAGAGAAAUUCCACUUCAACAUCCUGCUGGGUGUGCUUUCUAUUGUGUUGGCCGUUGGCGCGUUCGUGGUCGCCUGGCUGAUUUACGGACGCCGGUCAAUCUCCCUGACAGCCUGGCGGGCGAGAUUGGGGCCGGUGCUGCGGGUGGUAGAAAAUCGCUAUUACGUGGACGAGGUUUAUCAAUGGGGUAUCGAUCGGGUGGUGUUGACAGUGUCCACCCGCCUGGCCUUUUUCGAUCGCGCUGUGGUGAAUGAUGUUGGGGUGAACGCCCCUGCCGAUACGGUUCGCCGGGCGGGAGUGGCGCUGCGGUUGCACGUUACGGGGCACGUAUACACAUACGCCCUGGCGGUGGCAUUGGGGGUCGUGGGCCUGGCGAUAUUCUGGUGGCUACGGUCAGUCUAG